AUGCUGAUGCCCCUGAGUGGGCUGCUUUGGUGGUGGUGCUGCUGCUACUGCUGUGCCUGGUACCGCUCUGGACUGUGCACCCCAGCUCCCCAGAUGUUGCGCCACCAGGGUCUCCUCAAGUGCCGCUGCCGCAUGCUCUUCAAUGACCUGAAGGUUUUCCUACUUCGACGUCCCCCUCCAGCACCCCUGCCCAUGCACGGAGACCCUCAGCCCCCAGGUUUGACCGCCAACAACAAUACCCUUCCGGCUCUGGGCGCCGGAGGGUGGGCAGGCUGGAGGGGCCCUCGAGAAGGGGUGGGCAGGGAGACCCCUCCUCUGCCACCUCCACCACCUUUGCCACCUUCUUCCGUGGAAGAUGACUGGGGUGUCUCGGCCACAGAGCCGCCUGCCUCGCUGCUCAGCAGUGCUUCCUCAGAUGACUUCUGUAAGGGGAAGGCGGAGGACCGCUACUCACUGGGCAGCAGCCUGGACAGUGGCAUGAGGACCCCGCUGUGCCGAAUCUGCUUUCAGGGGCCGGAACAGGGGGAGCUGCUGAGCCCGUGCCGCUGCGAUGGCUCCGUCAAGUGUACCCACCAGCCUUGCCUCAUCAAGUGGAUCAGCGAGCGGGGCUGCUGGAGCUGCGAGCUGUGCUACUACAAGUACCACGUCAUUGCCAUAAGCACAAAGAAUCCUCUGCAGUGGCAGGCCAUCUCUCUGACAGUCAUCGAGAAGGUGCAGAUUGCAGCCGCCAUCCUGGGUUCCCUCUUCCUCAUCGCCAGUAUCUCUUGGCUCAUCUGGUCAACCUUCAGUCCCUCGGCAAAAUGGCAGCGCCAAGACCUCCUCUUCCAGAUCUGCUAUGGGAUGUAUGGGUUCAUGGAUGUGGUGUGCAUCGGUCUCAUCAUCCACGAGGGACCCUCCGUGUACCGCAUCUUUAAACGGUGGCAGGCUGUCAACCAGCAGUGGAAAGUGCUGAACUAUGACAAGACAAAAGACCUGGAGGAUCAAAAGUCAGGAGGCAGGACAAAUCCUCGGACCUCCUCAUCCACCCAGGCCAAUGGCCUCUCCUCAGAAGAGGAGGCUGUGGACACCCCUGCCCCCGAGGAAGGCCCUGCCCGGGCAGCCAGCCAGCCCUCAGGCCCUCCCUCUGAUCACCACUGUGCUUACACCAUCCUGCACAUCUUGAGUCACCUAAGACCUCACGAACAGCGGAGCCCCCAGGGUGGUAGCCGAGAGCUCGUCAUGAGGGUCACAACAGUGUGAAGGAAUGCCUGGAAGGGCGGCCGUGACCAUGCACAACAGCAGAGGGUGGGCUGG